ACUUGAGCGAACUUUCAACGAAAGCAACAAAUUACUUCUUUUUUUUUGAAUUCGUAAAGUGCGUGAGUGUUAAAAAAACUGAAAAGAAAACAAUUGCUAAAAAUAUGUCUAGUGUGGUGUUCAAUGUUCAAAAUACAACUCAACAGUCGCAGAACAGCAUCGAGCAACUAUUUCCCACCACAAUCGGUGGCGCCACCAAAAUGUAUCAACGCUAUCAACACAUAAUGCCCGCCCCCGAGCAACAUCAGCAACAGCAACAGCAAUCGAAUAUUAAAUCGAGCAAUGGUCUGACAAUCAAAACACGCAAAUACACGCCUCGUGGCAUGGCGCUAGCAACAGCAGCAACCACUGCAACAGCAGCAGCAACCACAGCAACAACUAUGCCUUAUAAUGUGGAUCAAUCACAGUCGGUGCAACGACGCAAUGCUCGGGAACGCAAUCGUGUCAAGCAGGUGAACAACAGCUUUGCUCGACUGCGUCAACACAUUCCCCAAUCGAUCAUCGCUGAUCUGACCAAAGGCGGUGGGCGUGGACCGCAUAAGAAAAUCUCCAAGGUGGACACAUUGCGCAUUGCUGUCGAGUAUAUUCGACGACUUCAGGAUCUGGUCGAUGAUCUCAAUGGAGGAGCAACAACAGCAGCGACAGCAACCACAGCUGGCAACCAUUUGAAUUUGUGCCUCGAUGAGACGAGCUGCAGCAGCGGCAGCAGCACACAUUCCAGCAGUAACAACAGUUCACAUCACAUGUACAGCUACAACAACCAUAGCAACCAUAGCAGCAGUCACAGCAGCAGCAGCAGCAAUCACAGCAACAAUCUGUUGCAGCAACAGCAGCAAUUGCAACGCCAACAGUUUCCCAACAAUCCAUUGACACCCAUCACGCUGAAUGGCAAUCACUUGCUGCAACCAUUUGCUGCCACCCAACAACUGCAACAGCAACUGUUGCAGCAACACCAGCAGCAACAGCAACAGCAACAUCAACUGCAGCAACUUCAACAGCAGCAACCACAACUGGCAACCACAACCACAACGACGGGCGCUUGUCAUUCACCAACAUCAUCGUUCAACUCGAGCAUGUCCUUUGACUCGGGCACUUACGAAGCGGCACCACAGCAACUCUCACCGCCAGCACCAGCCUCUUCCUCUUCCUCAUCCUCAUCGAGCAGCAACAGCAACAGUUCAAGCUCCGCUGCUUUGGAUGCUCAACUGCAACUCAAGUUUGAGCCUUACGAACAUUUUCAAUUGGAUGAAGAGGAUUGCACGCCCGACGAUGAGGAAAUCCUCGACUACAUUUCCUUGUGGCAAGAGCAGUAAAAACAACACACACACACACACACUACGACUGCCAGUUUGCUUUCUAGUCAAUGAUUUUGAGUUUUGAACCAAGUGCCUCAAAUGUUGUAUAUAAACUCAGCUCAUUUUUUUUCUAUGCUAG